AUGAGCCAGGCGGUGACUGUACCUCGGAUUUUCUAUUUGAUGGAUGAAUUGGAAGCCGGUCAGAAGGGGUCAAAUGAUGGUACUAUAAGUUGGGGCCUUGAAAAUAAUGACGAUAACACUUUAACAACUUGGAAUGGCAUGAUUAUAGGACCAGCUAGAACACCUUUUCAAAAUAGGAUGUACAAUUUACAGAUUGUUUGUGGAAACGAUUACCCAGAUAAGCCUCCAGAAGUAAGAUUUAUAACGCGAAUUAACAUGGAUGGAGUUGGUGGCAACGGUCAGAUCGACAACUCCAAGGUUCCUUCUCUUCGAACUUGGCGUCGGGGAAUGUUGAUUCGCAAUAUCCUAUUUGAUCUUCGAACCAUGAUGACCCAGAGAGAAAAUGCUAACCUCACUCAGCCACCGGAUGGCACGUUCUACUAG